GCAGUGGAGUGGAAAGCACAUCAAUUCCAAAAUGGCUGGCUGCUCGGUGUAGACGAAACGUCACUCGUCAGUAUCUUACUAUCUUGGACAGGUAGGAAGAAACUGUAAAAACAAAUGUACCCCUUUUUUUUCCUGAUAUUUUGAAUUAAUAAUUACGUGCUGUGACUGCUCCAGUAAAGGAAAAUGUCCGCGGAACGUGAAAUUCCGGCCGAGGACAGUAUAAAAGUAGUUUGUCGGUUUCGGCCCCUAAAUGAUUCGGAAGAAAAGGCAGGGUCUAAAUUUGUUGUCAAAUUUCCUUCUGGGGGAGAAGAAAAUUGUAUUUCAAUUGGGGGAAAAGUUUACCUAUUUGACAAAGUAUUCAAACCAAAUGCAACACAAGAAAAAGUCUACAGUGAGGCAGCCAAGAGCAUUGUCUCCGAUGUUCUGGCCGGGUACAACGGGACAAUAUUUGCCUAUGGGCAAACGUCUUCGGGUAAAACACAUACCAUGGAAGGUGUCAUAGGUGAUCCACACAAGCAGGGUAUCAUACCUAGAAUUGUAAAUGAUAUCUUCAAUCACAUCUAUGCUAUGGAAGAAAAUCUAGAAUUCCACAUAAAAGUUUCCUAUUUCGAAAUUUACAUGGACAAAAUUAGAGAUCUCUUAGACGUUUCAAAAGUUAAUCUUAGUGUUCAUGAAGAUAAAAACAGAGUACCGUAUGUCAAAGGCGCCACGGAGAGGUUUGUCUCUAGCCCUGAAGAAGUAUUUGAAUCCAUAGAAGAAGGAAAAUCUAAUAGACAUAUAGCUGUGACAAAUAUGAAUGAACAUUCAUCUAGGUCGCAUUCAGUAUUCCUUAUUAAUGUUAAGCAAGAGAACUUAGAAAACCAAAAGAAAUUGUCAGGAAAGCUCUAUUUAGUAGAUUUAGCAGGUUCAGAAAAAGUAUCUAAAACUGGAGCUGAAGGAACCGUUCUAGAUGAAGCUAAGAAUAUUAACAAAUCUCUUUCCGCUUUGGGUAAUGUAAUCAGUGCCUUGGCUGAUGGAAAUAAGACACAUAUUCCUUACAGAGAUUCAAAACUAACGCGUAUCCUUCAAGAAUCCCUAGGAGGUAAUGCCAGAACGACAAUAGUUAUCUGUUGUUCUCCAGCUAGUUUUAAUGAGUCUGAAACCAAAUCGACUCUCGAGUUUGGUAAGAGAGCCAAGACCGUCAAGAACGUAGUAACAGUGAACGAAGAAUUGACAGCAGAAGAAUGGAAGAGACGUUACGAGAAGGAAAAAGAAAAAGUGGCAAGGCUCAAAGGCAAAGUGGAAGUUCUUGAAGCUGAGCUGAAUAGGUGGCGUGCUGGUGAAACUGUUAGGGCUGAAGAACAAGUUAAUCUUAACGAACUAAUUGAAGCCAUAACGCCUGUCUCAGCUCUGGAAGAAAGUGUUGUAGAGCCCGUUGGACCUAUGCCUGCAACACCUGCAUUAAUGAUUGGAUCCACACUGGGAUUGGAAGAAAGACAGAGAUUGGAAUUAGAAAGAGAAAGACUUUACCAGCAAUUGGAUGAAAAAGACGAAGAAAUUAACCAACAGAGCCAGUAUGUAGAAAAAUUGAAAGAACAAAUGAUAGAGCAGGAUGAAUUGAUUACAAGCACCCGUAAAGACUAUGAAGCUUUGCAAAGUGAAAUGAAUAGAAUUCAGCAAGAGAAUGAAAAUGCAAAAGAAGAGGUUAAAGAAGUACUACAAGCUUUAGAAGAACUAGCUGUGAAUUAUGACCAGAAAUCACAAGAAGUCGAUGCUAAGAACAAGGAAAUGAUCUCGCUUACUGAGGAAUUGAUGGAAAAACAAACUGGCCUCAACACAACCACCACAGAAUUGCAACAACUCAGGGAUAUGAGCAGUCACCAAAAGAAACGAAUUGCGGAAAUGCUUAGCAAUUUAUUGAAAGAGUUGGGCGAGAUUGGUACAACUCUUGGUAGCGAAGGUUCAGAACUUAAGGUGUCAAAUGAUGCUGCAAAACUGGAAGAAGAAUUCACCGUUGCUCGAUUGUAUAUUUCAAGAAUGAAAAGUGAAGUUACUAAUCUCACUCAGCGGCUGCUGGAAAUUGAAAACAAAGAACAAGAUAGUAACAAAAAAGUUACAGAAUAUGAGAAGGAACUAGCAGAAUGUAGGUUAUUAAUUUCCCAACAUGAAGCUAGAAUGAAGAGCUUACAAGAAUCGAUGAGGGAAUCCGAAAAUAAGAAGAGAAUGCUUGAGGAAAGUGUUGAUGCUCUCAGGGAGGAAUGUGCUAAGCUUAAAGCAGCUGAACAGGUAUCGUCUGCUUCUGAGAGUGAAAAGAAAGAAGCAGCUGAUUUACGAAUGGCUCUUGAGCAACAAAUGGAUCAAUUGCGAGUUGCUCAUCAACAGCAAGUUGCUUCGCUAAGAGAUGAAAUUGCAGAAAAACAGCAGCUUAUUAGUGACAUCAAGGACUCCAACCAAAAACUAACUUUGGCACAACAGCAACUUCAAUCCGACUAUGAGAAGAUCAAGGUUGAAGAGGCUGACAAGUCUCAUAAGCUCCAAGAACUCAUAGCCACCAAUGAUCGUCGCGAACAAGCACGCAAGGAUCUCAAAGGUCUCGAAGAUACCGUCGCCAAAGAGCUGCAAACUCUACAUAAUUUGAGAAAACUGUUUGUCCAGGAUUUGCAGGCUCGUAUGAAAAAGAACAUGUCAAACGAAGAGAGCGAAGAAGAUGGAGGAUCGCUAGCACAAAAACAGAAGAUCUCGUUUUUGGAGAACAACCUCGAUCAGUUGACAAAAGUGCACAAGCAGCUGGUGAGAGACAACGCUGAUUUACGAUGCGAAUUGCCAAAACUCGAAAAAAGGCUCAGAGUUACCAUGGAAAGGGUUAAGGCACUCGAAACGGCAUUGAAAGACGCCAAGGAAGGAGCUAUGAGAGACAGAAAGAGGUACCAAUACGAGGUCGAUCGUAUCAAAGAAGCGGUUCGUCAAAAGAAUUUGGCACGUCGCGGACCCGCAGCCACCAUUGCGAAGCCAAUCAGAUCGGGACAGCACCAUGCAGUAAUUGCUGGUGGUGCAGGGGGUGGCGCAGCAAUAAGGCCACAAGGCAACAAUGCUGUGGAUGAUGCGCAAAAGCGCAGGUCGAUCCUGGUGGGCAAAGAUUAAGCAUUUCUGGAGAGAUGGCUCGCCCCACACGUAUAAAAAAAAACAGGGUGCUCCCUCCAGCGUUCUCUUUCAGGACUAAAAUAAAAUAAUUAGAAAAUUAACUCAACUGUAAUAAUACCAAAAAUAUUGCUGAUACUAUUCCCUAUUUAUCGAUUCGCGGGGCAUUUCAAUCCCUGUUUAAUUGUGCUUACAAAGCUUAGUUACAUUUAGAAAUAGGGUGCACUCAAUUUCGAUCACUAACAAUAAUAAUUAUUUAAAAAAAAAAGUAAUUUACCUAAAUUUUACAACAUUGUAACCAUGUGUCUUGUUUCCGAUUCUCAUAAAAAUAAAUAAAUUAAUAGUAACGACUGUCAGACUUAUAACGGUUCUUGAAGAUGAAAAAAGCAGUGAUUGGUUAUUGUUCAAAAAAUAUGUUAUUUUAAAAAUUAAAUUGAUAUUUAGCACGCACAAGCAAUGAAAAUUUGAGGCAUGGUGAUGAUCGACAUCAAAGGAGAAAAGUUUGUGACCAAAAAAUUGAAAAACUCGGAUGUUGAAGCCACUCCAGUUGAAUGCGUCAAUUUGUAAUGAUUUGGAUGACAAGAUCCUACCACAAGACGAACCGGUUUUACAUGCAGAAACCAGAGAAUCAUCAGAUAUUGUUCCGUAGGGAAAUUUAUAGAGAAAACCGUUUAAUUUGAACCAAACUAUAAAACAGUAUCAUCCGAAGAUAUUUCAGGACAAAUUAUCACGAGAAUUGCACAGUAACUGGUGUUUUGACAUUUUUUGACAAAGAAUUUAAAUUUUUGAUUGAUGAAAUUCUCCCAUAAAAUAUAACUCGUGCAAUGGAAAUAUGUUUAUAAUUUUUGACAAAUUUGCACUCAUGCGUUUUCAAGUAAGAAUGCCUUCGGACAAAUUUCUCAAAAAUUAUCGAUAAUUUCCAUUGCACUCAUUAUAUUACUAUUGAUAAUCAAACAGCCCAUUCCAAAAUUGAUGAAUGAACCAUCAAAGAAAUUCGAUCUCUAUUGACUCUGAUAUGACAUAGCAACUGCAUCAACGUUUCCCACUAUCGUCGAAAAUUUGGUAUAAAUACACACCGCACAAAAAUUAUCGCAUCACCAAGGCUUUUAAAUAUUUUGGCUACAGUAAAUUUAUUUUAAAAAUUUCCUAAGUAUUCCCUGAAUGGGCAUGCUUUAACUGAAAAACUCGAGUCAAAAAACAUGUCGUUUCUUCUUCUGUUAGGUUCCUGUUCACUUUUUUCGGGAAAAUGCGGAUAGGCAUAUAUUCCACUUUGCAAUUAUGCUGUUCAUUUCUGUGUUUUCUGCUUUGAUAGAUGCGAUAAUUUUUGUGCGGUGUAUAUUUCCAGACAUCCAACAUUUAAUAAGUGAUGCAAAACAGAAAUACAGUUGCACGUGCGUCAUUUUCCCAUACUACAAUGGAAAUGCUGUGACCAAAAUAUAGUUACGCAUAGUUUUUGAUUUACAGGAGGUUGAAUCGACGUACAAUUUUUCACAUAGAAAUACCAAGUACUUGAUACUGAUAAAGUAAGAAAUAACCAUCAAGGGAUGAAAACUUUUCAUAUCGCCAAAACAAAAAUUAUCCAGAAAGUUUAAAAGCUAUGGACCAAAGAGUAAAAAAAAAACUGCUUCUUUAUUAGUUUAUAAUGGACUGAAUGACCCAAAGAGUCAGGGCUAAGACACGCCGGCGAAAACUUCGCCCCUUGCCUCAUCACCUCUGAUGCUUAACGCACUUGUAGGCCGAAGGACAGGAUAAAAUACCCAUAGACUGUGAAGAAAUAUCCUUUUUUUUUAUCCAAUUCGGAUGAUUACACCUCAAAAAUUUCAAAAACAACUAGAUGCAUCACAUUGCAUAAUUCCCUUUUUUUUUCUCGAAAAAGGACGCUGCUACAGGAGACUAAUAGUUAUUUAUGUCAUAAUGUCAAAAAAUUGGUCUUUUUUGUGCCAAGCUCAAAGUUUGACUAUAAUUGAGUGAAGUACAAAAAAAAUUGGGCCGAAUGGCAUACAUUUCAUCUUCAAAGGACUGCAAUGUUUUCUUCCACCACUCUAUCACUGCUUUUCUCAUCCAUUCUCUGGAAAAUACUGUUUUAUUGCUUGUUUCCAAAUUAUUACGUUUUACUCUAUUAGGUUCCGUAGUAUUUACUGAUUGUCUGAGAGAUGUUACGGUUUCAGUUUCAUUACCCUCUUCAGACUCUUCAUUUUCUAAGAGCAAUUUAAGGCUUGUAUUAGAUUCGUCAGUGAUUUUGUUGUGUUGAGAAGCCGCUAUGCUAUGUUGUAUUGUUUGGAGCCCAAUCAUCACGUUUCAGUUUAAAAGUUGUUUAAACUUUCCUUACUUGAAUCUUCUUCGAACUGUGGUAGAAUCCUAUCUGCCGAAUUAUCACUUUUCAUUGUGAAAACUUCCGUUUGUUGAUCUUGAUGCUGGCGUGUGGUAGAAUUUUGUCUUUAAACUCAUCACGUUUCACUACAACAGUUUCUGUAUUUUUCUUUUGCAAAACUUGAAUUGUGGUAGAAUCCUGUCUGCCGAAUCGUUUUGCUUCACUGUUAAAGUUUCCAUUUUCUCAUUGCUAGAAACUAACCCAAAUUAUUACGUUUUUCUCUAUAAGGUUCCAUAGAAUUUACUGAUUUUCUAUGAUCAAUUCAAGGUUUGUAUUAGCUUUGUCCGGAAAAAUAUUUGUUGAUUCUGUAGUUUUUGCAUGCAGAACCAAAAGAAAAUGUACAACCUAAACGACACUCCAUUAGAUAAGGUGGGGUAGAUUUUCACCCCAUACACUCUGCACACACACAAAAUAAUCUGCACUAAAAAUUUAAUAUUGGGACUGGGGAAUUUUCUCGAGAAUUAUUAUAAGUUUGACAAUCGAUUUAGGGUCAGUUUUUUCAUUACCUUCUAGUUAAAGUUCAGUUAUUUUUUUUCCUUUGUUUAACUAUUUCACAAAAAUGUUUGAUGGGAUUAUGUAUUACAUACCGAGUGUGAAAGUUUCAUGACUGUUGAGAUAAUUUAACUGCUGAGACACAAAGUGUCUCAAAGUUUACUUUAUCUCGAGAUUCAAGACAGAAAUGAACUUUUCACCGAGUUGUGAAUACUAUUUUAUUCACAUCAAUGAAUAUUUGAAUAUGUAUUUUUAAUAAAAUAUGCUAAAAUUGCCAACAAUCAAAUACUUUUCUAGUUUAACUGACAAUUACAAAUGACUGAACUUUAACGUUUGAGAAAAAACGAGCCCUAAGUGAGUUAAGGACAUUUUUAUUAUCUGUGCUAAUAAUAUUAUUGGCUAUUAAUCACUGUGUUUUUUUGAAUGGAGGUAUCGCUUUAAUUGUUCAGAGCUAUUGCUUAAAAUUUAGUGGAAUAUUUUGCCAACCCUCUACUGUUUUCACUUUUGUAGGUUUUUUUUUGUGCAAUACCUAAGUGUUUUUAUUCAUGUCUUUAUACUUACUGAAAGGAUAGUUUUCUAUAAAUGAAGAAAUUCAUAAUAACUUGGGUACAUUCACCAGGCGGCAGCAGUAGAGUAGUUGGGUUUUAGAAAGUGAUUAUAUGUAGCCACUUUGCUGAGAAAUGGGAAAAGCAUAAUUUGCUUCAGACUUGCGCAGUCCUGUGCUUGAGUCUAGAAACUAAAAUAAAGAUUGAGAUGAAAUCGAUACAUAAGUGAGAAGAAUUUUGAACAAUGAGGACUCAUUGAUGUUUUAACUGGAUUGACUAUUACCUGCUGAUGCCUGUAGACCGUACCCAUCAAGAUGCAUUGCUCUAAAAAUUUAAGAGGGCUGACAAAAAAAAAUUGUUUGCAAUUGUCUAAAUUUUUCUACUUGUGAGGAAAUGGUACUAAAUUCUUAGAUUGUUACGCGUUACACAUUAUUUUUUAUUUAAAUUCAACUCAAAGGUUUGUAGAAAAUAUUGUUGUCAUUCAAAAAAAAAACUAAGCUGCACUUCUUAUAUUUCAUACCAGAACAUUAAUUUUAGAUGAAUUGUAGGUAGUUUUUUUAUAUAUAUUUUGAGUUUUGUACACAAUAUAAAGAAUCAUAUUUUGGUUAGUUAUUUAUAAUUAUUUUUCUCUCCACGAUAUAAUAAUAUCGUUUGUUAUGUAUAUUCAUAGCAAUGUGUUUAGUUUUGUAUUAUAAAAAUAAAUAUUUGUUUUGGUUUAAUGCUUUUCCUAGGUUAUUACCAUUAUUUAAAUAUAUUUUUAUUUGAAAAGAAAAUAGAGUGCUGGCUUGACUGGUGCAAGUCGAAAUAGCUACUCUGCAAAAAAAAAAAAAAAAACGGAUUUUAAAAAAAUGAACUAACUUUCCUAAGCACUGUGCAACUUGUAGGAAACUAGUGUGAUAUGUUGAAAAUUUUGUUGCUAAAUUUUGAUGCCUUUUUUUCCUUUUGGAAAAUGACUAUGUUCUAGCAAUAAAAUUUUCAAAAUUAUUUUUUUAUUUGUGAUUACGUUCCUUUUCUCCUUGCCUCCUUUCUUGAAAUUAUGUUUUUUUUUUUUCUUGAAAAACUCAAAUGUUCUGCAUUUUGCAUUGAAUGAACAUUCACAAUUUCCACAUGAAAUGUAUCUCAGGAUGCACCAAUGCAUAAUAUAAUAAUAUAAUUUUCAGAUGCACAGUUUUGAUGUUAAUUUUCAGGAUAUCGUUUUCUGUAGAUACAUAAUAGUCUAACAAAAUUUGGUUUUAUUUUAUUCAGCGGCUUGAGUACAUGUAGUUAUAUAUAUUUUUAGUGAAUGCUUAUAAGUCAAUGAUGAAAUUUAUUUAUUUAAUUCAUGGAAAUUAUAUUCUAAUAAACAGCCGAAGAACGAAGAAGUCUAA